AUGGACUUCCCGACUGAUUUCCGUAGGAGUAUGCCUAUGCAAGAUGGUCAUGUGACCAUUUUUGCCAGCAGGUUGGUUUAAUUUUGAAACGUUUAUCCGUUUCCUGAUUGGCUGAUGAAGAUCUUUCCGUUUUUUUUGUUGUUUGCGGUAAAAGUCAUCGAAAAAGGUAAUUUUUGAAUGGAUUUCCAUCGAGGAAAAAAAUAUUUUUUUGGCUAUUGCUAAGUAAUUUUUUUAUAAAAAAAUUUAUUUGAGAUGCGAUUAUAUUUUUUUGAUUGCUUUGAUCCAAUAUCUUGAUUUAUCGAAUCUUUUCUCAAAUCUCAAACUCUUACUGGACGUUCUGAAAAAAAAUUUCAAAAUCAGUUUGCUGAGUUGGCACAGGCCCAACAGCCAAUAUUGAGAUCAACGUCAUAACCGCUCAACUUUUUCUUCCUUGGAAUCAGUUGCGCCACUUGAAAUGUUCAGUGGCACGCUCUCAAACAAGUGCAAAUUCGUGGCUCACACCUCUCGAAGCAGCCAACUCGUGUGUCUGACCUAUCACGAGAAGUUGUUCGAUCUUUUGGUCGAAAUGGAUCCUGACUACACGGCGAUCAACGGACAUCAUCUCAUCACCAGCGGAUUGCACUGCAUCGACGCCUGGUCUUAUUUGUACUACUCUCUGGUCAAAGGAGAGACUUGCGUCCUGGCAGAAUCCGCCGUCGACGUCUGGCGGGCUUCGUUCCUCGACCGCAUCGCCGGUCUCAUCGAGCAGUACAGGGUCGGAACUUGAAUUACAAUUUAGGAAAAAGAUGGAUAAUUGCUUUUUUCAAAGGCUUAAUUGAGACCAAAUACCGAAAACUUACUUUUUUAGUGUAGAAAUUUCCGUUUAUUCAUAUUUCAAAACGAUAUUUUAGAACGAAAUUUAGUUGGCGUCUGAAUUUUCACACACUCUAUUUUGAUUCAUGUAAAAAAUUUAGGGAUUAUUAGCUCAGUUGGUGGUAAGAAAGCAUUAUAUCCCCACAGGUGUCAAAUUUUCAACACCACUUUUUUUCGAAUUCACUAAGGAACGUUUUUUACUUCCCGGUUGAACUUUCUAUGAAACUCUGCCAAAGGGUACUUUAGGACCUUCUUCUUCUAGAACAAAAGACAAAUUUUUCUCAACAGUUUUUGUUUUCGAGUUAUGAAGCUUUAAAGUCUGCAAAAUACGAUAAUUGAAGAAAAAUAAAGGCUAUCGGUUUUGGUUGACAAUAUGAGGCGGAAGUCGUUUUUGGUCUGAUGUGCUGAAACAUCGGAAAUUUUUGAAUCCUGUUAAUUGCAAAACUCUGCGGUGAAGCAAGAAAAUUAUGACUUUUUGCAGAUUCCUUUGAUUCUAUCUAACGCUCAGCUGCUCAAAUGCUUCGUCAAGUAUGAAGUUCACAAUAUUUACGACAUCUCAUCAUUGAAAGUAAGAGAAACUGAAUUUCUCAAUUAUUUUUCAAUAUUUAGCUUAUCGCAAACUCAGGAUCACCCAUCGCUUCUCACAUUGCCAAAAAGGUCAAACAUAUGCUAAACGUUGCCAUUACUCAAGGUACUUUUCGAAAAAUAACACUGCCAAAUUUUCAAUGGUCGCAGCUUAUUCUGCGGUUGAAUUUGGAGUUGUGGCUUUUGAGCUGUUCAAUGAAGCUGUGGAAGGUGCCAUAUUAGGAAGUGGAAUGCCGUUAGGAGAUAUUAAAGUCAAGGUUUUCUUGCAGUUCGUAUGAAUUUAUUGAUUUGUGAGGCUUAAGGUGGCAGACGCUGAUACUGAGACUGAAGUUGCGACUGGAGAAUGGGGCCAUCUGAUGCUUUCUGGGAGCAAUUUAUUUUCCGAAUACGUAGGAAAAGAUACGAAUAAAGGCUGUUUUGCGAAAAAUUGGUUUCGAUCAGGUAUGUAACUUCUUCUGAACUUUGUUUAUUUUUAUUUUCGAGAGCUUGGUUAAGGAAAAGUUGCAAUUUGUCCUUUCUGAAAUUCUCAGUCUUUAGUCGCACGAGGGAUGGCUCAAGGCGUCGUGGCCGCGUAGCGGUUGGGCUCAUGCUAUCCGAGACUAGACGUUUAAGUCAAAAUCGGAUAACCGCUGCGCAGCCGUUACGCAAGCCAUUCCCACGUGCAACAUUGAGCUUCCUAUUUACGGCAAAAAAGAGUAUAUUGAAGCAAACCUCUGAAAAAAGUCUUAUGGAUGAUUCAACUGAGAAAAACCGAAGCUCUUACAAAAUCAUCCAGUUUUCAGGCGAUUAUGGUGUCAUUGACCAAAAACAUCGCAUCCACGUAGCAGAUCCUAUCAGCAACUUAAUCAAGGUCAAUGGCAACAAAGUGAGAAUCUCCUCUUCUUAUUCAAGCUAGCUGAUAUUUUCAGCUGUCUCCUGAAAUACUUGGAUGCAUUCUCUGUGAACAUCAGAAUGUCGACGACGCAGUAGUAGCAGUGGUUGACAGCGAAAUAAUUGUGGGAAUCGUCCCCAAUGAGAAUUCGACCUCAGGAGUGGAUUUGGAAGAUAUCAAUGCGAUUAUCAAAAGUGCUGAUACAAGUUUUUUUGCAAUGUUUUUUUUUUCUUUUCAGAGCACAAGAUAAACGUGACAGUCGCCAAGGUGCACUUGCUCGACUUCAUCCCGCGUUCAGAAUCAGGCAAAGUCAUGAGAGCGGAACUUCAUUAUCUUUUUGCUGCUGAACAAGACGAUGUUGUCCUUGUCGAACACAACGAAAGUUAUAUAUAAAUAGUUGAAUUUUUGUACAUCAAAAAGAAGAAAUCCAAAUUUGACGGUAUAUGUCAAACUGCACUUUGCUGUUUCAAGAUGCAUGUAUUUUUAUGAAUGGUUGAAUAUGACAAAAAACCAUAUCGAAGAUUUCCGCUGUUCAUCUCACAAUAGAACAGAAAUAAAACGGGAAAAAUUAUCAAAAGCUUCAAGACCUUCCUUAAGGUCUUCUACCUAGUUUUGUACAGUAAACGGUAAAGAAAGUUGUAUUUACUGUAUUUUUUUUCCUGUUCUUUUUUUGAAACGGGAAUGUCUCUUACGGUACAAAAAAAUAGUUUCUAAUCAUUUUUUUAAAUUUGAACCCAACAGAAUCAAAAAGAACUUGCACCAAUCUGAGUGUUCUGAUUGUUCCAUUUAAAUUUGAUAUGGUUCAGAAAAAAUUCAUUCGAAAAAGCGCAUCAACUAAAACGUGCCAAAUCCGUCGCGCUGACCAGUUGGAGGAUUAUUUGAGGCAAAACACCACGAUUUUUACGCUUUCAAAACAAUUGGAACGUCUCGGCACAUCGUUUAGCUGAGCCUGCAGCUGUGAAAAAUAUCAAAACGUAAUCCGAAAUAUUCUCGAAUCCGCCGAAUGUCUUUUUAUGUGACUUCUUUUCAUAUGCGCAUUCCAAUUUUCUCUUUUUUCAUUUUUUACUUUGAAAAUUUUUCUUUUUUGUUUUUGCAUCUCUGACGACACAUAUUGCUCAGAAACUUGAUUUAAGCCACAAAAAAAUGCGAAGAAUCCUCUAUGAUUCCAAUGAUGAUUUUCGACUUAGAAAGCUUUUUUUUAAGAGUUGUUUUUGAAAUAUUUUUUUCGCUUUCAUCACAAGGAAUUGUUCAAAGAUUUAAUAAAGAAAGAAAUAAACACAACGGAUCAAGGUCAAUUCGGGAUUUCUUGUCGGAACCAGUUUCUUACUGUUUCUUGCCGUUCCCAUGUCAUUUCGUACUCUUAACAACGACUAUCGAACACCCUUUCCGAAUAUAAUAAGUGCUGAAAAAAGGCGAACAACUCGUUUGAGAACGAUCUCCGAAGUGAAGAUGAAGUCGUUUAGCGUUGCCAUUCUCCCGGCCGACAUUCCAGCGGAUCAUCGCCGCCUUAUCUUUCGAGAUUUUCACGCAAUCAACACGUCUCUUUUAUUACCCAACAGCCUACGAUUAUUUCCAUGAUUUCCAUGCUUCCUGUUUCAAGCCGAAUAUUUGA